GCCAGCUAUGCCCCCGCUGCCCAGCACUGUGGGCCUGGCAGUCCUGUUCUUCUGGGCAGGCCAGACAGUGAACACCUUGAUGCCCAAUGCCACCCUAAUGCUGGCUUGGACCGAGGGCACAGCAGUGCACUCUCUAAGUGGCCUGGGGGUGCCCCACUACCGGCGGAAGCGCCACAUCUCUGCCCGGGACAUGAGUGCCUUACUGGAUUAUCACAACCACAUCAGGGCCAGCGUGCACCCACCAGCUGCCAACAUGGAGUAUAUGAUCUGGGACGAGCGACUGGCCAGGUCUGCUGAGGCCUGGGCCACCCAGUGCAUCUGGGCCCAUGGGCCCUCACAGCUGAUGAGAUACGUGGGCCAGAACCUCGCCAUCCAUUCUGGCCGGUACCGCUCGGUGGUCGAUCUCGUGAAGUCUUGGUCUGAGGAGAAGCGGCAUUACUUGUUUCCAGCCCCAAAGGACUGCAGCCCACACUGCCCCUGGCGCUGCAGUGGCCCUGUGUGCUCCCACUACACCCAGAUGGUGUGGGCAUCCUCCAACCGGCUGGGCUGUGCCAUCCACACCUGUGGCAGCAUCAGCGUCUGGGGCAGCACUUGGCACCAGGCAGUGUACUUGGUCUGCAAUUACGCUAUUAAGGGCAACUGGAUCGGCGAGGCUCCAUACAAGAUGGGGAGGCCAUGUUCUGCCUGCCCCCCCAGUUACCAAGGCAACUGCAAUAGCAAUAUGUGCUUCUCUGGGCUCAAAUCCAACCGGCUCCUGUGGUUCUAAAUUUUUCCUGUGCUCUGGCGGGCCUUUAGUGGGCCUGAUCCUCUAAGGGU